AUGUCUUCUUCAAACUUCUUAUUUUUCUCUCUUGUUCUACUAAUCAUUACAGUACUCUCGCCUGUUCCAAAUUUUGCUUCUGCUUCUGUGGAGGAAGGCAAUGCUCUUCUUAAAUGGAAAGAAACCCUUCAAAUCCAAACAACUCCUUACUCUCUUCAUGGAUUCCCCCUCCCUAUGAAUUCCACUGCAUCGAUCCCAUGUACUUCUUGGUUGGGAGUAGUUUGCAAUGUUGAUGAGAGCAUUCAGAAGUUGAAUCUCACGUCUUCAAGAAAUUUCAUUCUUUUUGCUACAAAAUCUUACACAUUUUGA